CGCGCUGCGGAUGGGGGUGGGGGCUGUGUGAGGAUGGUGGGUCCCUGUAUUACGUCGGUUGGCGUCUGUUCUCGUUAGCGUACCGUCACCUGCUCGCUGUCAACAUGGGCCGUUUACCCAAAGAUAGGAAAUAACCACCACCGUCGUGGCUGCUCCUUUUCUUCUGCGGAGCAGACGUCCUGUGUCAGAACAGUGAGUAACUAUGGCAGAACAAGAUGCCUGUCCCCAUGUGGACUCAAUAGGCGAAGUAACGAAGGAGGACCUCCUGCAGAAAUCCAAGGGGACAUGUCAGUCGUGUGGGGCCGGGGGCCCAAACCUGUGGGCCUGUUUGCAGAGUGAGUGUCCAUACGUUGGAUGUGGAGAGUCCUACUCCGAUCACAGUACGCUACACGCACAGGCCAAGAAGCACAACCUGACGGUGAACUUGACGACUUUCCGGAUCUGGUGUUACGUGUGCGAGCGGGAGGUGUUCCUGGACCAGAGGCCGACCCUGGUGCCUGUGCCCGCUACAGCCCACCACUGCAGAGCCGCAGAGCAGGAUGCAUCUCCCCAGCAAGGGGGUCACCCACUAAAAGCAGUACCAAUUGCUGUGGCAGAAGACGAAGGCUCAGAAUCAGAAGAGGAUGAGCUCAAACCCAGAGGGUUGACAGGAAUGAAAAAUAUUGGCAACUCCUGCUACAUGAAUGCUGCUCUUCAAGCCUUGUCCAACUGCCCCCCCCUCACCCAGUUCUUCCUGGACUGCAGUGGACUUGUACGGACUGAUAAGAAGCCGGCUCUGUGCAAGAGCUACCAGAAACUCAUCUCAGAACUAUGGCAUAAGAAAAGGCCGAGCUAUGUGGUGCCUACCAGCCUGUCCCACGGCAUCAAACUGGUAAACCCCAUGUUUCGAGGUUAUGCUCAGCAGGUAGGCACCCAGCAGGACACGCAAGAGUUCCUGCGCUGUCUGAUGGACCAGCUGCACGAAGAGCUGAAGGAGCCCCUGACGGAGUGCAGCAUGAGCGGGGAGGCCAGCGACGGAGAGGAGAGGAGGGACGAGGACCGCUCCCCGUCCGAGGACGAGUUCCUGUCCUGCGACUCGGGCUCCAGCAGCGACCGCGGGGAGGGGGGGGGCGCCGGCGACGGCGAGCUGCUCUUGCAGGACGAGUGCGACGGGGUCAGGCCUCCCGCCGCCGCCGGAGCGGUGGCCGUCGGCUCCACGGCGGUGAUCUCGGAGAAGGAGAGGCUGAAGGAGAAAAGGGUGUCCGGCUCGCCCCUCCGAGGGGGCUCGCAGGAAAUGGACGAGGACGCGGACGUGGACACGGCCGCUGAGGACGCUGGGGCUCCCGACAGGCCGGAGGAAGAGGAGGUCGCGCCCAGCCCAAACACGGAGGUCCAGACCCAAGAGAACAACCAGAGCUGCAACGCAGGGCAGCAGCAGAGCAACCCGGCUCCAGAGCCAGACAAUGAAGCGUCGAUGGCUCAGCCUCAGUCCACUCCGUGCAGUCCUGUGCGAACCCUUCAGGAGCUGCACCCCAAACUGUCCUCCAGCCCGCCCCGCUCCAGCCCCCUGCGCUCCGCAGGACCCACGUACUCCUUCAAAAAAGCUCAGCUGCUCCUCAGUUCCAGGAAGAAGAAGCAGUCUCACUACCGUAGCGUCAUCUCCGACAUCUUCGACGGCUCCAUCCUCAGUCUGGUUCAGUGUUUGACCUGUGACAGGGUCUCCACCACCGUGGAAACGUUUCAGGAUCUAUCCCUUCCUAUUCCUGGCAAAGAGGACCUGGCAAAGCUCCACUCCUCCAUUCACCAGAACCUGCCGGUGAAAACCGGGGUGUGUCCCGACAGUUAUGGGUCUCAGGGCUGGAUCUCUUUCAUCAUGGACUCCAUACGCCGGUUGAGAAACGGCGUCAAAUACUGUAAAGUAUUAAAGCUCCCAGAGAUUCUGUGCAUUCACUUGAAACGUUUCCGGCACGAGGUCAUGUAUUCCUUCAAGAUCAGCAGCCACGUGUCCUUCCCACUGGAAGGCCUCGACAUGCGACCCUUCCUGGCUAAAGAAAGUCCAUCUCAAGUCAGCACAUACGAUCUGCUGUCAGUCAUCUGCCACCACGGCACGGCGGGAAGUGGACACUACAUAGCUUAUUGUCAGAAUGUGAUCAACGGACAGUGGUAUGAGUUUGAUGACCAGUACGUUACAGAGGUCCAUGAGACAGUGGUGCAGAAUGCAGAGGCCUAUGUGUUGUUCUAUAGGAAAAGCAGCGAAGAAUCGGUGAGAGAAAGGCAAAAAGUGGUGGCUCUGGCCAGUAUGAAAGAGCCCAGCCUGCUGCAGUUUUACAUCUCCAGGGAAUGGCUGAACAAGUUCAACACCUUCGCCGAGCCGGGCCCCAUUAGCAAUCACACUUUUCUUUGUCAGCACGGAGGCAUUCCUCCCAAUAAGUACAACUACAUAGAUGAUCUUGUUGUCAUUGUGCCUCAGAAUGUUUGGGAAUACCUAUACAACAGCUUUGGGGGUGGCCCAGCUGUAAACCACUUGUACAUGUGUGCCAUUUGUCAGGUGGAAAUCGAAGCUCUUGCCAAACGUAGGAAAACAGAAAUAGACACCUUCAUCAAGCUGAACAAAGAGUUUCAGGCUGAGGAGGCUCCGACUGUGAUCCUGUGCAUCAGCAUGCAGUGGUUCAGAGAGUGGGAAAGCUUUGUCAAGGGCAAAGACAACGAGCCCCCUGGUCCCAUUGACAACAGUAAAAUUGGGGUUAUGAAAGGAGGACAUUUACAGCUGAAACAGGGUGCAGACUACGGACAGAUCUCAGAGGAGACAUGGCAGUAUUUGUUGGGCAUAUAUGGCGGAGGGCCCGAGAUCGCAGUGAGACAGACGGUGGCCCUGGCCGACCCCGACAGUCUUCACGGGGAGAGGAAGAUUGAAGCAGAGACGAGAGCACUUUGACUUAAUCUGAGGAUCUUUGGAUUCCCUUUUUCACGCCUGUCCUCACAGGAAGCUGAGGAAUUUGCACCUUGGUGAAGAGGCCCCAUCGCGAGCACUUUGUAAAUGUAGCAGAGCAUAUUGUUAUGAUGCUGAGCCACAACAAGAGGAUAUGGUACUGAAAUAUCACACAGUUUAUUCAUUGUGCUGGUGCUGAUCUUCAGUGUUGAAAUGUAAAAGUGUAACGUGUGUAUGUGUGUGUACAUAUAUAUAUAUAUGUAUACACACAAAUACAUUCUAACCCAUUAUAAUUCUAAGAUAUGGUGUCACAACUCUGGCGCUGUUUUGGUGGCUGUGGUGUGUCAGUGGCCGCUGUAGUGACUAGAUGUCCUGUAGUGCUUACCUGUCUGUGGCGUGCGGACAGCUGCCAGUGUUGCCAACCAGAAUGCUACGGAGUACAUUAACUACUGGUAGACGUUUGACGCGGGGACUUUUUAUUCCAUUGGAAACGGCAACCGAGAUACAUUAGCAAGCUUUCUGUUGUAUGCCUGUUUACUAGUUACAUAGCAACAAGUGGAGACGUGAAGUGAGAAAUCCCUCCCUCUAUAACUCUUGCACCUCCAACCUCAGAUUAAUGGAGCCCUCAGGAAUGGAAGUCUUUUUUCUUUUCUUUGUUUUGACCAUUUAAAUGGCAAUAGCAGGGUUUUUUUUAUACCCACAAAACGUGCAUGUGUAAGUUGUAAAAGACCAUUUUUGGGCUUGAAAUGCAUGCAGCUGGGAGGAAGGACAUUUUACAGAAUGGAUGACUUUGCACAAGCAGAUAGAUCUUAUGUUUAUGUGCUCAGAAGUCUUUGAAAAUCGCCUUACUUUAGUUUAUGCGGGCUCGAUCAACAGAUAGGCAUAAGAGCUUAAGUAGAUGCGACUUUGAACAUUUCAUAAGUCAUAGGAAGAGAUAAGCAGGAGACUGAUUCACAUGUCAAACAGGGUGAUAAGACUUGACUUUUCUUUCAGGAGCUUACAGAGUAAGUUUGUAAUUAGUCUUGUUAAAUGAAACAGUUUAUUAAACAACUUGUUGGUCUCCAUGUGAGUCAGAAUAAAUCUGUGCUCUUUUGAGGGAAUGAAACGCAUUCAGCAAAUGAGCACAGAAAUAGUAGUAAUAUGGAGGAAUCUUGAAUUACCAUCACAACAGCUAAUUGAUGGUAAUGCAUCAACAGCUAAUCAUGCUGUUUAAAUGCUCAGCAAUCUCCCACCUCAUCUUUAGAUUAUUAUUGCUAUCGCUAAUCCUAAUAGUAAACCAGCUUCCUGUAUUGCAAAAUCUGUAUGUAAGACGCGAAGAUUCACCCUGAAAUUAAACUUGAAAUAACUAAGAUUAUGUUAGAUUAUGUCAAUUGACAUAAACUUAGUAGUAAGUCAUACAGAAUAUACAGUCAGACAUAGAAAGUAAGUCAUAAAAGAUAGAUUUCAAUAGAGAUGUUCAGCUUUAAUUUCAGUGAAAUGUUACAGAUGAUGGACACUUUGCUGUCAUCCAGAUUAAGAUGAACUGGGUUUCAGAAAGAUAACUGGCUACUGACUAACUGGGGUCAUACUUUUCCAGUUUUCAAGGAUUACAUUUCUAACUUCCCAAAAAGUCAUUUUCAAAACAAACUGAAAGAGAAGCUUGAGUCUGAAAACAGUACAUUUUGUAUAGCUCUUUAUUUUAAACCCAGAAACUCUUAUUUCCAGCAAUUUAGAACUAGAAUUGGAAACCAUCAGUGCACUUUUAGUAAAAAGAUGCCUUUAGUUUAUUUAAGUUAUUUAGUUUAUUUUGGAGCUUGAAAAUGGUGAGCUUAGUUUUAACUGGCAAAUCUGAUUUUUUUUUCUUUUCCCUGUUGCAACUUCAAAAUCAUCCCAGCCAGAAAAAGAAGAAGAAAGAAUUUUCUUUUUACCUUUAACAUGAAAAAAUCUUUAGCUUGUCCACUGAUUAUAUAUUUUCUGCAUUUGCUCAUUGUAAUCCAUGCGUCCCGUCAUUUUUUUUUUCUAAGAAAAGCAACUGAUAUUUCAUAGUUCUGCAGCGUAUAUGUCUCUUUUCACACAUUUCCACACUUUAUCUGCAGGAAAUGAAAUCCUGUUUGUUUUUCAAUAGGUUUCAGGGAGUAUGUGCAAUGAACUAAAAGACAAGUCUUGGUGCAAUCUAAGUCAGUUCAUCUAAGAAAUCCUGCCAUAACCCUUUGAACUGCGGAAGCAUCACAUUAAGGGGAUUUGAGUGGCAGUUCAUUAAUUAUUCCCACUUCUUAAUAAUUUUGCUCAUGUUACAGCACGUAACUAAGCGUGUGAGAUUUCAAUUUUACAAGGAAAAACAGGCAUUGAUGUACAGAUCAACAGAUAAAAACCAAGUCAUUUUUUUGCUCUUAUUCUACGAUGUGCUGACACGAAACUGGAGAGGUUUUGACCUGUGGCCAAACCACAGUUCAGUGCGAUGGAUGUCUUAAUGUCUGUAUAACUGAUGUAAAUGCUCAUUACUGGUUUAAUGAUUAAAGUUUCACUGUCUUGUAUAUUAACUUUUUUUAAUGUGAUGUAAAAUAAAAAUAUAUUAAGAUGGGCAACAUUGAAAUCAUAACA